CUGUACAACAUGCUCAAAACACUAUUCAUUUUCACUUUAUUGGCUGUAACAAUGCAAGCUUCCCCCGUUGUAGAGAGUGGUACACUAUCCAAUAUAAUCUGCACAAAUUGUCAAUCCGCUGUUAACGCUUUCCUAGCACCUAUCAAGAAAGUCGAGUUGAUCACCAAAACUGAGUUGACAGAUUUUGUGAACAGAAAGUGCUUACACGAUCCACAACUUGCAUCUUUUCAUUUUUUGUGCUCAAUGGCUCUUGAUCUUGCACUCAAAUUUUUAGACGCCGUGGAAGGGGAAGUCAGUGAGCGAGCAAUCUGUGAAGCUUUUCAUUUCUGUGAUAAAGUUUGAAUGUGAUUUUUGUGUGUGAUAAUUUACGGAAAUAAAUUGUUAUAUAUUCUUA